AAGGGAAGGCGAGCAGAGGAGCAAAAGCAAAGGUGGAACCGGAGCCGAGAAGGCGUCGGCGCAAUCGGAGCGCGCGCGAUUGGUCGGGGCGUGUGGGGGCGGUGCGUCUUCAUCAACGAUGGAUUUGAUUGGUGGAGCGUGGAAAUGGCGGCUGUAGCGGAGUGGGCGGUCGAAAAGCAGCGGCGGCGUCGGGGCGCUUUCGAGAUCUUCAGAACUCGGUUGCAUCCUAGCGCCGCGCCUUGAGGUUUCACAUGUAACUCCGCCCUGCAUCGUAGCCCUCGGCUACUUGCUGCAGCACGGCUGGGAUGGAGAGCCUGAAUCUGGGGGACCGCGGAGCUGCCCCCGCAGUCUCCUCCAGUGAGCACCUAGUCGCAGACCCGCCGAGUGACCUCCGCAAGGAAGAUGGUGCUAUGGAAUUGGAAAGAGUGGGAGAAGAUGAGGAACAAAUGAUGAUGAAAAGAAGCAGUGAAUGUAAUCCCCUGCUACAAGAACCCAUCGCUUCUGCUCAGUUUGGUGGUACUGCAGGGAUGGUAUGCCAUAAGUCUGCCCCGUGUGGAUGGGAAAGAGUUGUGAAGCAAAGGUUAUUUGGUAAAACAGCAGGAAGAUUUGAUGUAUACUUUAUCAGCCCACAAGGACUGAAGUUCAGAUCCAAAAGUUCACUUGCUAAUUAUCUUCACAAAAAUGGAGAGACUUCUCUUAAGCCAGAAGAUUUUGAUUUUACUGUACUUUCUAAAAGGGGCAUCAAGUCAAGAUAUAAAGAAUGCAGCAUGGCAGCCCUGACAUCUAAUCCUCAAAACCAAAGUUCAAACUGGAACCUCAGGACGCGAAGCAAGUGCAAAGAGGAUGUGUUUAUGCCGCCAACAAGUAGUUCAGAGUUGCAGGAUAGCAGAAGACUCUCUAAGUUUACUUCCACUCAUUUGCUCUUGAAAGAAGAUGAGGAUGUUGAUGAUGUGCACUUCAGAAAGGUUAGAAAGCCCAAAGGAAAGGUGACAAUUUUGAAAGGAACCCCAAUGAAGAAAACUAGAAAAGGAUGCAGGAAGAACCAUUCAGGUGUUGCUCAAAGUGAUAGCAAAAGAGAAUCUGUGUGUAAUAAAACAGAUGCUGAAAGUGAGCCUGUUGCACAAGCAAGUCAGCUUGAUAGAACUUUCUGCAUUUCUGAUGCUGGAGCAUGUGGUGAGACCCUCAGUGUGACCAGCGAAGAAAAGAGCCUUGUAAAAGAAAGAUCAUUGAGUUCAAGAUCAAAUUUUUGUUUUGAACAAAAAACUUCUGGCAUUGUAAACAAACUACAUUCAGCCAAACACGCAGAACACAACAAGAAGUAUGAGGAUACCUUUUUAGAAUCUGAAGAAAUCGGAACAAAAGUAGAAGUUGGGGCGAGGAAGGAACAUUUGCAUAUUGACCUUUUAAAACAUGGCUCUGAAAUAGACAACUGCCCACCAACCAAGAAAGACUUUACUGGUGAGAAAAUAUUUCAAGAAGAUGCCAUCCCACGAACACAGAUAGAAAGAAGGAAAACAAGCCUGUAUUUUUCCAGCAAAUAUAACAAAGAAGCUCUUAGCCCCCCAAGACGUAAAGUCUUUAAGAAAUGGACACCUCCUCGGUCACCUUUUAAUCUUGUUCAAGAAACACUUUUUCACGAUCCAUGGAAGCUUCUCAUCGCUACUAUAUUCCUCAAUCGGACCUCAGGCAAAAUGGCAAUACCUGUGCUUUGGAAGUUUCUGGAGAAGUACCCUUCAGCAGAGGUAGCAAGAAACGCAGACUGGAGAGAUGUGUCAGAACUUCUUAAACCUCUUGGUCUCUACGAUCUUCGGGCAAAAACCAUUGUCAAGUUCUCAGAUGAAUAUCUGACAAAGCAGUGGAAGUAUCCGAUUGAACUCCAUGGGAUUGGUAAAUACGGCAACGACUCUUACCGAAUUUUUUGUGUCAAUGAGUGGAAGCAGGUGCACCCUGAAGACCACAAAUUAAAUAAAUAUCAUGACUGGCUUUGGGAAAAUCAUGAAAAAUUAAGUCUGUCUUAAACUCUGCAGUUUUCAAGCUCAUCUGUUAUACAUAGCAUUGCACUUCAAAAAAGCAUUAUUCAGUACAGCCAACCAUCUUUCCAGCCGUUUAGAUUUUAAUUAGCGCAACUAGAAGCCUAGUGUGUGUGCUUUCUUAAUGUGUGUGCCAUGGUGGAUCCUUGCUACUGAAUGCUUGAACAUGUUUUGAGAUUUUUUAAAAAAAUAAAUGAUUUGACAACAAUCUUAAAAA